AUGGAACACCCAGUGCGAAGUCGACAGGCCAGCCAGGAUGAAGGAUCGAGACUACUCGGGGAACCUGUCAAAAUCAGUUUCAGUGAGCGCAUCAAGCCCAAAGUGAGCUUAUGCCUGGGCACCACGGCCGCGCUAUCGUUUAUGGUGUUCCUGUUCCUGGUGCCGUUUGUCGUCGACCCGGCCGUCUCCAGGCUAAUCGCUCGGUACUCACCAGAGCCCGGCACGUGCGCACUGCACGAGCACAUUUUUGCCGCCGGCCUGAGCAAAUGCACGUGGUCCUCGUGCCGGGAGGGUUGCACUUCAGCGACCACGCGGUGCCAUCAGAUUACCGUAAAUUAUUCGUUAACGCCAUUCGAAGAAUACUACCAGGCAAGGACUGAUCGAAAAUUAUCAUUAUCUCUCUUUCUCUGUCAGUUAUGGAAUGUACGUCUCGCCGACACCUCUCCCCCCCCAUUAUGAAGUUGUCAUUUUUAUGACACUUUUAUUAUUUUGUAAAUAAUUAGUAUGGCCAAUCUCGGAAUCGCUGAAAUCGUUUCUCGGCUCGUCACCUCCCUCGUAUAUGCAUACACAUACAUAAAAUUAAAAAUUUAUCGACGCCAAUAUUUAUUAUAUAAUUGUAUGACCAAUUCCAAAAUCCCUACAAACCUCUCUUCCCAAUCGAAAUUCGGUUACAGGCUACAGCUACAGCGGUUACAGCUGUAUCAUUUUGCCAGCCCCUCUCUAAAUAGAAAUAGAUAUACGCAAAAUUAAACGAUAUCAAUAAUUAGUAUGCGAUUCGGUCCUCGACUUGCAAUGUGCAAAAUAAAUACUAUGUUUUUUUAAUUAAUAUAUUUGACCAUAAUCAAAGGCUACAUUGAAAUCAAUAAAUUUAUAACUGUACGAUUUUCGCUAUCCCAACAACUAAGUCAUUGAUGACCUAUUAUUUUAUAUCAAAAAUAAUAAAUAUCAAUCUCUACACAAUAUACAAUGAAUAUUUAACUAUACAGAUGUCCUACAGUAUUAUCCCUAUGCCAAUAACUCUGUCAAUAUUCGUUUUUUUUUUUCAAUCGGGUUAUGUGCUAGGGGGUCGAGAAAAAUUAAGUUUUUAUUUUCAUCCCUUAAUGACUGAAAAAAGUAACUUUUUAUUUUUCCAUAUUUUAAAUUUUCAAAUUAUCAAUUUCGUAAAAUAUAUUGUUCUAAAAAUGUUAAUGUACCAUGUAUUCAUAUCCGAUCAAUAAUUUCUUAGUUUAGUAGCUUUAAUGUAUGUAAAAUAGGCGUAAAAACAAUUAAUAUUCAAUAGAAUAUAUUUGAUUGAAAUUCCUUAUCGCGUAAUAUGUUAUUCUAUUGAAAAGAAAUUGUUUUCACCUCAAUUUUCUAGAAAUUGUUUCUAAGAAACUGGUGAUCGGAUAUGAAUGUAUUUUACAUUAAAACUAUUAGAAUAUUAUCGUAUACAAAAUGUUUAUUUUUAAAAUUUUGAAAAGUGAUAAAAAAAAAAAUUAUUUCUUUCAAAAAUUCAGGGAUGAAAAUACAAAUUUAAUUUUCUCUACAUAUGUGUCCUCCACGCAUAAAACCUGUUUGAAAAAAAAAUAUUGACAGAAUUAUUAGCAUAAGGGUAACACUCUGGGACAUUCUGUAUUUAGAUACCAUUAAAUCACUAUAAUUGUUAGUUGUGUUCAGUGAAAAUCAUAUUUUGUAAUAAUAAUAUAAAAUAAAAUUUCAUAACUUUAACUGGAUACCAAUAUGCUUAAAUUUGUAUUUUAACUAUUCACUGAUUGAAAAAAAACUUACUAUUAAUCCAUCACAACAUACUAAACAUAUAUAAUAAAGAAAAAAUUAUUCAUAUAGAAAAUAUUACAAAUAUUAAAUAUCUAAAUUUAUUAAUUAAUUUUUUUAUGUAUGUAUAUUUUAGUAUAUCCUUUUUUAGAUUCGGGGAGUCAUGAGGAAUAUAAUGGAAAAGUUUCAAUAAACAAAACAAUAAAAAAAAAAUGUUACUUAAAAUAUUAUCCUACUAAUCUAAUUCAGAAAUACAGUGAAUGCAUACAACAUUUAAACAAAUUCAAUAAAAACGUCUCAAAUGUUCGUUUAGUAUGAUGGUUUUAACCUAACCUGACUAAAGAUAAUCAAUUAAAUUAAAAUAUUUACAUACAGAUGUAUUCUAAUAAUUUUAAAAUAACAUUAUUUAUGUACGUAAUUAUAUGUAAACAUUGUAAACUCUCCAAAAAAAAUAAUGAUAAAUUGUUAAAACUUAGGUGAUUAGGUAAAGAAAUCCAGGAGUAUUAAAAAUCAAAUAUAAUAAUAAUUUACUUAUACGAAAUGCAUUAAAGUAGGUAUCUUUUGUAUUAUUUUUAUUUAUCAUACCUAUGUAAUUGAAUUUUUAAUUUCGAGAAAAUAAUUUAAAUGUGUUAUUACGAAAAAAAGAAUUUAUAACAAAAAUAGUUUGUAACAGACUUCUAACCGGAAAAAGGGGGGGAGUAGUUGAAAUUCCGGGAUUAGUCAUACAAAUACAUACUCAUGUACCUACUAAGUACUCCAAGAGUCGUUAAAUUUUUAAUUUUACAUAUAUUUACAUAUAGGGGCUCUCCAGCUUCUCCCAUUUAAGUCGGUUUUUUGUAAUAUAAAAUGAAACGCGAAUUCCGGGAUUGGUCAUAUAAAUACAUACUAAAUAUUGAAAUGAAAAAAAAUUACAAUUUACAAAUGGAUAAUGGUGGUGAAACAUGCGUCGUUAUGUACAAGGUCUACAAAAUAAAACUGUGUUAAAUACCUAUUGUACUAUUUGUGUAUGUAUUUUAAUUAUUUAAAGUACAACGAGAAAUAGAACAUUAGUGAAAAAUGUAAAAAAACAUCGUCCAUAUCCGUUACUUCAGCAUAAUUAGGUUUCCAACUACAUAUUAAUAUAAACGAAUAUUAUUAAUAGAAUAUGCUCCCGUAUUUAAGGUGUUGAAUAUAAGUAAUUUUUACGAAAUUUUUGGAUAAAGCCAACUUUAUCAUCUCAAAAGUAUUCACUUACUCUCAAACAUAUUUACAAAUAGUAUCGUGUCAUUAUCACAAGUAUUUAUUGUGUAAUCUUGAAAUUGAUAAAAAUGUUUACGAAAAAUCGUUUCAGACAAAUCUAUUUGAGCUAUGGACUUCGUUAAGAAACCAAAAUGAUUACCAAAAAAACAAACAGAACUCGCACUAUGCUUUGUUGGUUUUAAUUUUCCAAUAUCACGAAAUAAAUUAUCCUAGUUUAAAAACUUAAAAUCAUCAGAUUUUUAAAUAAUAAAAAUCAUUUUGUAUUUUGAAUAUCGAACAUUUUAACUAUACUAUACAUACAUACAUACAUACGAUAAAGUAAAAUUGGGUUCAACUGACAUUACAAUUAUUGUGUCAGGGUUAGAAACAGUCGAAGUGUACAAAAAUAGUGCGAAAAAUUACUUUGAAUCUGAAAAUAGUGAUCAAAUAUUAAAUGAUUUAAACAAUUUUAUAUGUAUAAAAAAAAAAUGUAGAUUUACUUGUGAAAUAUAAAAUAAAAUUGAGAUAAGAAUUAAUAGUUUUAGGUAAUGUAAAAUUAGCACUUUUGGUCACUGAUUACAAUUAUUGUUAUUAUGUUAAUAUAUGUUAUUAUGCAAUAUAUGCCUAAUAUAUAAACUUAAAAUAAAAUAAUUAUACAAAUAAAUUGUAAACUUUUUUAAAUAGUUCAUUAUUCUAAUCAAUCUUUUAGUUUUGCUCACUGAAUACGAAUUAUUUUAACCAAUAUUACUAUGAGACAUGAUAAAAAUUGUCUAAAACUACGGAGAUCAUUCUAUAACAUUAUAACUAAUAUUGAAUUCGUUUUGUUUAUUUAUUAAAUCAUUUUAAGUAACAUUUAGACAACUUAAAUAGUAUAAAAUCAUUAAAAAAUCGUUUUGUUUGUGUAUAUUAUUUUGAACAUAUUAUAUUAAUAAAAUAAAAUUACAAAACAUAAAUUUUUUUGUGUGAAUUAAAACAUAUGCAUGCAUGUCAUCAUGAAAUAAUUUUAAACAAAUUUUCAAAAAUUGCUUUAGGUUCUUUAAUAUACAAAUAGUGGCAUUAGUGACUACGCUAAAAAUAAGUGACUGUUAGUUAAAAAAAUGUCUUGUUUCUAACCCUGUUAUUUAUAUUUUCUAUACAAUAUCUAAUACCUAGUGUAUCUCACGAUCAGCUGAUAAGUAGGCAAAGCGGAUAGAGGGUGUAGGCGUUAGGUUAAUGCUCGUAAUUAGGUAAAUCAAAUUUCAACAGAACAAUAUAGGGUUAAUUUAAUUCCAUUAUAAUACAUAAAAUAAGGUCUCUUACGAUAAUGAUAUUCAAGGUGUCGAAAUCCAAAAUUAGUUUUUUUAUAUUUAACAACAUCAAUCAAACGUUAUUUUGAAUAGAACUUUGAGAUUAUAAUAAUACCAUUUUAAAAUGGCCAAUAUACCCAUUUUGUAUUUCAAAUGAAAAUCUACGUGCAAAUGUGUGUUCAAUGUCUUACACACAUUUUCACGGUUAAAACCACUGCAUAUUUGUUCUAUGUGUUGAACCUCUCAACCAGCCCAUUAUAUAAAAAAAAACACUGUCGUUUUAAUAAUAUUAUCGCCUUGUAAAUUUUUGCGCAGAAUAAAAUGCAUCCCAAGUCGUUGAAAUGGGCGGGUACGGUUGUCCGAUUCUUGGUGAAUACCGAAGGCUGCGGUUACCCGCCUUACGUAAACUGCACCGUGUUCGCCCUGAAAUACGGUCACAUGGAAUUCGUAGACUUCAGCAUUUUUGAAAACAUCAACCAGUCCGAGACAAGAGCGCUAUACCGACACUACUCAGGUAACAACACAGACGCCAUGGACACCAUGGACGCCAUGAAUUCCAUGGACCCCAUGGACGCCAUGGACGCUGCCAUAUCAUUAUCGUUUUCUACCAAAAUAACAGACUCGGAGAUGCCAACCAUAAAACCGACAAACAACCUGCAGAUGAACACCAUUUCGAAUAAUCAGGAACUGCAGCUGAAGGGAGUACGGCAAAAGUCCGACAAAAUGGGGUACCAUGUAUUCCCGUGCUACUACAGCCGUGCGUACCCGGACAGAGUGGUGGCCGAAUACAACUGGUACCACACUAUCAAAAUGCUGGUGGCCGCCGUGGUGAUACCUUGGACUCUUUUCUUCGUGUCGUGCGCCAUUCUAUGUUACUGGUACUGUCCAGCAUUGAAAAAGGAGUUUAUGAUCGGUAAGAAGAAAACGGCAGCGAACAAAAUAGACAAAAACUCGCAUUCAGUGAACAGGUAUGUUUAGCGCAGUGGCGCCCACACCCCUUACCAAGUAGUGCAAGUGCUCAGGGGUAGUGGAUACUGGGUAGGAAUUGUUAGUUGACGUGUACAAAUUACAAAUUAUAGUCUCAAUUCAUAUUAAAUUAAUCCAAUUUAUAAGUUUAUUAGCUAUUUGUUAACCUGUUAUUUUGUGAGUGGGGGGGGGUGGUCAUUAUCUACUGCACGGGUUAGCAGGAAAUGUUUGGACGCCACUGGUUUAGCACGUGACGAAAGAAAACGGCGGAACCAUAUGCCGUAUACGCAUAUGUAAGGAUAUUAGGAAUGCGCGAUUCAAAAUGUAUUAAAAUGCCAAUUUAAAAGUUUAGGUUUGUUUGGAAGAUACAAAAUUGCGCGCGAUCGAAUCAAGUAUACAUUUUCAUUUUAAUCUAUGGUCUACAGAUACGAACUUUCGUCACCUUUGACAAACAACUCAGAUAAAAUAUAAUAGUAUAAUAACGCACCGGCGACCUGCCUAAUAAUAAAUAAUACUCGAUACAUUUUAGAUAGUAAUUAAUAAACAAAUAAUUUAUACUUCUUAACAUAUUUAUGUCCAAUAAUAACUCAUUUUAAAUAAUCUCUUCUAUUAAAAUAAAUUAUUUCUAUGUAAAACGACCAAUUUGUAUACUUUUUUCUCUAUGUAUUCCUUCAUUUAUUUUUUCAUAUUCAGUCGCGUUUUAAUUUUUGACUGUGAUUUUACCUAACGAUGAAUUUUUAAUUCGAAACCGGUCGCACAAUAUCACCUAUUAUAAUACUCCAGGUGAAACAUUUAUUUAUUUAUUUAUUUAUGUAUUAACUUAUUUAUUUAUAUAUUUAAUUAAUACUCAUUAUUAAGGAAACAAAUAUUUCGAUUUACAACAAUAUUAUGUGAUUUGACAGAUAUUACAAUAUGUAUAAUAAACCUAACAAAAACGCAUUCCUAUAACCAACUCAAGUGUGUCUGAAACUUAUAUGAAAGUUUUUUAUACUGUUCCAUACACAUAUUACUAUUAAAUUUGUAUAUCAACUACACAAUUCAUUCAACAAUUACAAUAAAUCAUUUGUAGACAAUCAUUAAGAUGAAUUUCGCAGCGCAUAUUAUUAUUUAUACAACUUGAAAUAAGCAAAUACGUUAUAUGUAUUAUAUAUGUGUAUUAGAAUUUCGUAAUAACAUUUUUGAAAGCAUUCCAAACUCGAAAAUUUACUAUACUAUACAAUUUUACCCCGAAUAUAUUCAACUUGAAAAUUUAAUUUAUUAGAGAAUAGAAAAGUUUUUAAAGUCAUCCAUUGGUUUUAUUUGAACGAUUAACAAAACGUCGGUUAGUUUAAAAUAAUUCAUAGUUUUUGUAAAGCAUAACUUUUGCAAAUGAAAAUUACGUAGUAUAAUUUAAUUGUACAUAGUAAUAUCUCAAAACUCAUAAAUGUUUAGACUAUAUUUUUGUUUGAAGAAUAACAAACAAUUUAUUUUGUGUUUGUAGUCUAAAAAGAUAAAUAUUAAUUGUAAUUUAUUAAAUACAUUUCAAUAAAUACUUAUACACGAUUUUAUCUUAAUUUACAGGAGAUUAUCCGAACAGCCAUUUAGCACAGACGAAGACGAUGGUGGAUAUUAG